GCUGCAGGUCGCGCGCUUUGGGGUGUUUAGGGCGAGUUUUGUCCGCUGGCGGGCGAUUUGAGUGGCGCUGAAAGCGCGGGACCGACUCCCGCUUUUCCAGGCGUGUUUGUGCGGGAACAGCGCGUCGCCGCGUUUGUGUGCAUGCGCGGUGGCAGCUCUUCAGCCCCGCACUUCCGCCGCGCGCUCGGGCCUCCAUUGGGGAGUUUGUGGUGAUCGUUGAAGUUGCUGUAGCCUUGUGUUAGCUGGUCUGUCUGGGAGCUCUUGGAUUAAUAUCUAGACCCGCUCUGCUGCUCCUGAGAGGAGAGGAUCAACACUGUCAACGAUGCCAAUAAGACAAGAAUUACAUUUUACCAGCUGAUUCCUACCACUGCUCUCACAAUUAUGGAAGUUGAUGUUAAUGCGGAGAGGCUGACUGGAAUGUCCUGUUCAAUAUCUACUCCAACCUCAGUUUCUGACUUACUGAUGCAAGGCCAAAUGGAUGAUUGUAGCAACAACAAGACUGUUUCUGGGAGCAAGCAGGCAAGCCAACCUGUUGUCUUACCUUUGGUAACAUACUCCAAAAGUCCUACACAGAACGGUUGCACAGACAGUAAUAUUACUGCUGUCCUGGAAAAUGAAACAGUUUGGAGUCGGUUUCACAACUUGGGUACAGAGAUGAUCCUUACAAAACAAGGCAGACGGAUGUUUCCCUGCUGCCGCUUUAGACUGAGUGGAUUAGAUCUGGACAGGAAAUACAUGCUGGUUAUGGAUUUUACACCUUUAGAUGACUUAACCCACAAAUGGAAUGGAAGUACAUGGGAGCCUGCUGCAGUGGCUGAGCCACAUUUACCUAGCCAGGUGUGUGUUCACCCAGAGUCUCCAGCCAUUGGUCAGCAGUGGAUGGAGGGUCCAGUGUCCUUUUAUAAGGUGAAGCUAGCCAGCAACCCCAUAGACGAAGAGGGUAGUGUGUUUCUACAGCCGAUGCAGCGUUACCAACCGAGACUUCAUGUUGUUCCAGUAGAUUCUGAUUCACAAGAGGUUUUUGACCUUGACAGCCCAAAGGUUCAGAUGUUUACCUUUCCUAAAACAGAAUUCUAUGCAGUCACAAGCUACCAGAACCCACAGAUUACUCAACUUAAAAUUGACUGUAAUCCUUUUGCCAUGGCUUUCCGUAAAGACAGCCAGAGUCUUCGUCUGCUUCAGGACAAACUUGGAAUGUGUCCUCCUGGUAGCACUCCUACACAGCUUUCUGACCAGAAUUUGACCAGCUUUAACAGUGAUCGAAACAGAAAACAAAGCACAUUAAAGGAAGCUCUCUCACCCUGGAUUAAAGAACACAGUGAAUCAUCAUAUCCUGAAGAUGGACCGGGCAUUUUAGCUAAUCUGAAACCUGCAGCUCUGAGUCAUCUGAAUGGUGCUGUUUUGAGCAAAAAGGCAGUGGAUUCCGGUGAAAAUGACGAGCCAUCCUUGACAACCCCUGCACUAGAUGAGCAAGUCACACUUUCAACUGUUCAACACAGUGUCAAAACAUCCAUUCAAGAACCUCCACAAGCUAUUAAUGGAACUGUUUCUCCUAUGAGCACUACUGAAAGCGCAAAACUUCUCUGUGAAGAUGCUGUUCAUUCCCAAAUUAGCAAUCUGUUACACACGGAACCGGUCACAAAUGCUCCUGUUUUUCUGUCUCAGGGAAGAAUGAAGCUGAAGUCUGCUGUUGCUUCAUUUGUCAAAACACCUUUCCGGCAUAACAUCCCUCUGCAUUUGAGACGUAGGCCUAAAGCUAGAAAACCCAAAAAUAAGUGGUGGACUAAUGUAAGGUAUUCAAGACGCAAUCCUGUAUGUGCUACUCCUCAGCGUGCUACUCCUAAUGUUACUUUGCAACCAGACCUUGAAGAUGUGGAGGGGAUGCUGUUUGUGUCUUUCACUGCAAAGGAGGCCUUGGAUAUUCAUGUUGAAAACAUGGAGCAUAUAGAAACAUGUACGUCUCCACUGCCUGAAACUCCGAAGCAUUCAGAUACUUCUCAAAUUGAAGAAGAAGUUAUGAUUUCUGUGGAGGAGAGGAUUUCUCAGUUGGAGAGUACUUUACUGAUUCAUCUGAAACAGCAGAAACACAGACAGGUCAUUCAUCCACACCUGCAGGAAGUUGGCAUGAAGUUGAGCCUUUUGGAUCCAAAAAUAUCAAUAGACUUGCAGUACCUUGGUGUGCGCUUGCCUUUUCCCAGCAAUAGUUACAUUGAAAUAAAUUCUUCAGCCACUUUCCUUGAUGGAGGUGGCUCUUUUGUGUCUCGGACUGGAAAAACAAAUGAUCCCACAAAGAUUAAAGGCUGGAGAGAGAAGUUUAACAAGAAGACAGUGCAAGGUACUUCUGAAGGUAUGAGGAACAAUUCUGCAUUCUGCAGUGACAUGUUGGACGAGUAUCUUGAAAACGAGGCGCAGCAGAUCAGUGAUCGUGCUGCGGUCCUUUCUCAGGGCUCUUCAACUCCAGUUUCCUACCAGUUGCCUUCCAAGGGCAGCAGUUAUGUGGUCACUUUGAAUAGUCUACUCAAGUCUCGAUCUACAUCGUUAAACAAGGUUCAAUACAGCCGUGUAAACAACAGCCAGAAUAAACCUGUUGUUUGGAGGGCUCCAAAAAAAUGGUCAUCGUUCUAUUCAAAAGGACCACAACAAACUACAUUUGAAAACAAGAGAAGUAAUUUUGCACAUUCAUGUCAAAUUGAUCAAGCCCGCAGUUUUCCUGACCCACCCAGUAAACUUGGAACAAAGAACCAGGCUAUCAAUCCUAAUCUGAGAUGGAGCUAUAGUUCGACACAUGCAAAAAUGCAAACGCAGAGCGUACUUCAGGACAUGGAGGAAGAGGCACUUUCUUUAGGGAAAGUCCGUACACACAUCACCACAGAGAGAGCCAGCUUUGCUCUCAAUUCACUGCUCACAUUUCAGAAAUCAGGAGUAAGGCCUAAAUACUACAUUCGCCAUCAUGAAACUGAAUGUCCUGAAGAAUUCUGUCGGCUGGGCUGCAUCUGUGAUAGUUUACACAGGGAGAUUCGAGGGCCCACCCACUGCAGGCGUGUUCAGUGCAUGUUUGACUGCCAUUGCUUCAAGCACAAAGUUCUUCUGAUUCGCCCUCCAAAAGUAACAACCUUACAUCAGGGCAGGAAAAGAGCUCUGAUGGCUUUUCCCAUUGCAGAUCCAGAGAGGGGAGACAGACCACCACCUGCUACAAGCAUUACUACCUUAUGGAACAAGAGCACACCAGAACAUGACCCGGAGCCUUUAUUUGUUCCAAACCCAGCACUUUCUUUUAGAGCAGCUCCUGGAAUGCGCAAUUAUGUCCCGCGUCUCAUUCCUCAGUUGCGGGAAGAGGACAAAGAUCCUGUGUACCUUUAUUUUGAAAGCAGGAUGACAUGUGCUCGUGUGAGAGAGUACAACAGUAAUCCCCCACCUCAGGUACACAUGUUACCUGGCAAACGUACAAGAGAGAAGCAAACAGACAAAGUUAAUGAUUGUUUUGAAGCUGGUGUUGCACCCACCUCUCAAAACAGAUCAGAUAUAAGUGCCACAGAGACUGUAGAACUCCGGGAAGCUGCACCCACUGCAGUGGGACCAGAUGAGCCAGUUCCCACUAAACUACUGGAAAUUCUCUCAGAGUGUAACUGGGAGCCCCAUCGGAACUUGGUGCUGAGUGGAUUGUUUGGGCGCAUGAGUAAUAACCUCCUCUCAGAGCCUUUUUGCCUUGGCACAUACAAAAUACAGCUUCUUUCUACCACACUGGAAAAAGGAGAUAAUCCUACAAUCACAUAUAAGGUGUGUGUUUCCCGGGCUCCGGAAAUGAACGUGACCAGUGAUGUACAACCCGCGAUGAAAAAAAGAACGAAAUCCAACGUUUCAAAAGCCAGGGAGAAACAAACACAAACCAAAACAGGAACUACAGUCUCUGCACCAGUGGCGUCUGAGAAAAAGAGCAGCUUAUUGAUUGACAAUCAGGCAAGGGUGCCAACUUUUAAGAAACCAUCAAGGAUUUUCCCCCUGCUCUCUCACUCACUUCCUGCUGGGUGUCUCAAGGCAGCGAAAAAGAAAGCAGAAGGUUCUGCUUUAGGGCUAAUUAAGGUCAAUGGCAAAACAUACAAUCAAGCAAAACUGUCACUGGGUCAGAUGGGAGCACUGCACCCAGCCAAUCGCGUUGCAGCAUAUGUUACUGGUAGGCUACAGGCCAGCAGAAAUCAGUGGAAGGUCAAAGCUGAUGCACCAAAGCCGCAUGUUAACCAGGCUCCUGUUGUUCUACGCAAAGUAAUGGGCACUGCAAAGCCAAUUCCACCAGCAUCUCAACAAUCUCUUCCAGCCGGUACCAGUGAGCUAAACACAACAGUGCUUACAAGGACAAGAAAAUCAAAGGUCACUCCCUUGGAUGCCCUUUCAAAGCUUGUUGUGGACAGCACCUCUCUGCAGGAAGAUGCAUCUGUAAUAUCACCAGCUGCUACAACUCUUGUGGUGUCUGCGAGCCCAACAUUUGUUCAUCCCACUGUUCCACCUUCCAGUGCUGCCAGUACAUCUUCCACAAAAGCUGCCAUGCCUACUCUCCCAUCUGGGCAGCAGGUGGUCCUACAGCAUUUACCAGGAGUGCCAGGGUCAAACUUUCUUUGUCAGUAUAAUGGCCAGUUACUUCAACUAGUGUCUGUUGCCCAAGGGCCUGUUGGUCAGCCACAAGCCAGUUCAAUGGAAGGCGGUGGAUCACAGUUAACAAGUCUGCCUAAAGACACCAAUUCUCUACAGAAGCCAUUGGGCUCUACUUUGGCAAAACCAUCGCUCAUGUCAUUUCCAGUCAUUGCACCUAAAAUCAUUUCCCUUUCCGGAAGUAGUGGCAUGAAUAUUGCCAGUGGAACCCCAGCAAUUAAUUUACAGUCUAGAUUCCCUGGUAAAGCAGGGACAUUCUCUUUUCGCAUAUGCCCACCUAGUACGGAGAGCAAGCCUGCAGGAUCACAGCAGGGUCCUAAACUUCCUGAUCCACAUGUUACUGCUCCUUCAGCUUUGAUACUCCCUGGAGGUUUCACUCUGAUAAAACUCCCUCUACAGUCCCACCCUGGUGUACCAGCUGUUUCUGCAGAUGCUUCUUCCUCUGUGUCUGGUUCUGCUGAAUUGGCCCAGAAAGAUCAGUGUGGAGAACAGGUUGCGGCACAGAGUUGUUCUCUCAGCACUGAACAAACAUGUCAGGUCUCAGAAAGCAGUUCCAAACCAUCUGUUGCAGAAACAUGGAACAAUGACUCAACCCAGACGGAUGCGACUGGCUUAGGCCAAGGAAACAGUGUCCUGCCUUCAGAAAGUGUUAAAGAAGACAAGAUUGUACAUAAAACCUUGGAUUCAGUGAAUGUUAGCGAUAAAACUGAGUGUGGCAACUGUGACGUGGUACCUGAAGCAUCAGGGAUGAUGUCCAAAAGUGAGCAUGAUAAGGAGAAACAGGCAGGGCAGGCAACAGCAAGCAGCUCUGUUUCAUCCAUUGCAAUAGUGACAUCGAACAAAGACUCAACACAGGCAGAUGCAGGUGAUUUAAACAACGACAACCGUGCUCUGACCUCAACUGUUGAAGGUCAAGAUGAUAAAGACCAGCUUGUGGAAAAACCCUUGGUGGAUGCAGUAGAGGCCAAUAAUAGUACUGCUGGUGGCAAGUAUGAUUGGGUACCGGAAGAAGCUGAGAUGAUACUCAGAAGUGAGCCUGGAUCAGAACAUGAGGAGGAUCUGGAUGAUUGGUCAUCUAAAGGAGCAGAGCGAGUUCUGUGGAUAGAGGAGGAUUCAGCUGAUGAAGAAACUGAAACCUUUAGUAUAGAGCAGAAUUGCAAUGUGGCUAAUGUUAAAAGUCCAGCUGGCAUCAAAGGACAUGAAAAUGAAAAAAAUGAACAAGAAUCAUCUAUUGAUGUAUCUUUAGAUCUUCUUAAACAUCCUAAUCCAUUAUCUGUAACCUCCUGUAACAUCAGCAGCGGUUCCCCAGCUCAUAUUCAGACUGAACCCUCAAAAGAACCAGAAAACAAAGACAUGGUUGUUAACCAACCUAACAUCAAUGACCAAGGCCUUUUCCCAAAAAACAACUCUCCAGCUGUCAGUAAAGAGGAAAGCAAUAGCACUGUCACACAGGCACAUGUAGUUUCCAAUGAUCUUCACGUUAAAAAACAAGGUCCUGAAUCAGAUUUGACUUCUGGCAACUUGGUCAACGAACAAGAUCCUAGCCCAAAAAAUAUUCUGCCCAUUAGUGGUGAAAACGAAACCAGUAAGAAUGCACCAGUAACCGAAAUCAACCAGCCUGUGCACAGUCAGCCAAAGUUGUGCUCUGAAAAAAGUCCACAAGUCCUCAAUAAUGAGGAACAGUCCAACCAGCUGGGACAGACAGAGUCAUUUAUCUACACUUCCAUCAACAUCACUAACGAUAAUGAUGAUGAUGGUGUGGAUGACGAAGAAGAUGAAGAUGUAGACAUUGAUGGUGAUGCCCCAGUACCUUUACUGGCAGGUCAGACCCCAGCAAUAUUCACUCCGCCAGUUGCACCUCUAUCCAACACAGGUUUGGAGAAUCUAAAGAGUUACCAUGAGGUCCACAGUAAAUUAGAUAAGCAGUCAGACAACAGUGUUCGGAUAUCCAAAAGAGUCCAUCAUUUUGAAAGAGAGGAUGGCGAUGAAACAGAUAAGAAAAUGCUAAAGAAAAGGAGAACAUUUCCUCAGCAAAAGGAACCACAUCCAGACUCUGACAGCAAUGAGGACGAUUUAAGCAGUGGUGAUGAUAAGGAUUCCAUUAUUGAUUUAGUAUCUUCCAGUAGCAGUGAAACAACAGAAGACAGUGCCAAAUUGUCUAGUGAGGAAGAUGAUGCUGUUGACAUUGACGCAUUUGAAGAAAAUCUACAUAAGAGGAGGUUCAGAACGAGCAAAGAUGGAGUUGCACGAUACAGGAAUUCAGGGGAAACCGAUCAAGACAUGAAUAAGAGAACAGAUGCUUCAAACAGACUGGAUGAUCUGCAGGUGAUUGAUCUAGAAAGACCUCUAACACAUUCAGAGAAAGAAAGAGUGCGUCGAGGUGAACUGCGACUGUCCUUUGCUUCACUGAAAGCAGCCCUGAACAUUGAUGAACCAAUUAAAAUGUGCAAGCAUGACAUUCUCAUUCAGGCCCAUCUCAUGAUUCAGGCUCUAAAAGACCGGAAACAAAACUUAGAGGAGAGGAAACAGGCGUUGCUUCAGAAACAGUCAUCUUAUAUUAGUAGGAUUGCGCAAUUAUCUGGAAAGUCAGAGGAAAUUGUUGAGAGGAAUUUCAAAGAAAACUGUGAGCUUUCAACAGUACCAGCUUCAGUGAAAAGUUCCCAAAUAAACCCCCGGCGCCUAGACAGUGAUGGCAACCGUCUCCCUCCUCGUCUUGGGCUGUGGAGAUCUAAUAAUUACAUACGUAAAAGAUCAGAGCAAUCUUUUGGACACAGAGGAAGGAGACGAAAAAUUUUCAAGGAAAUAUCCGAGGAUGACUCUGAGGAGGCAGAGCAUGUGGAUGAUCAAAACAUGGAACCAAUCUCAGUGCAGAGCCCCCAAAUAAAUCCUGGACGCCUAGAUAGUGAAGGCACUCAACUCGCCCCUCGUCUUGUACCGUGGAAAUCCAAUAAUGAUGUAGGAAAAAGAUCUACAAAGUCUGCUGAACCUUCAGUCACAGAUGCUGCUGAUGAAAGUUCAAAUGCUGCCUUACCUGGCCGCCAUUUAAAUGGAUCCUCGCCUUCAGUCAGACCAGGGGACAUAGUCUUGAAGCUUAUGGCAGAAAAGCCCAAUAUUUUACCCCUCAUACCCAGUAGUAAAAAGCCCUCAGCAGAGCGCAGGCCAUCAGAAACUGGACCAUUGACUGGAACUGGAAUGUUGCCAAAGAUUGUAUUGUAUUCUUUUAGCAACGCUGACCCUAAAAAGCUUGAAACGGCUCCUCUGCCAAGUUGUUUUCCGGCUUUUAAAUCUGCUGAGGCCUCACCGAAUAUAGUAGAUCUGACAGAAGAUGACCCAGGAAUAGAAAGCAGUGACUCCUCUUUAAUAUUAUGCAAAGAAGCGGAUAAUGUUUCAGUGUCAGAGGAAUCAAAUGAGGAGAACCCAGAUUGCUCCUCACUGGUAAGCGAGUGUAUGACCGAGAGUAAAACCUUGCCUCAGUUGGAGCAAAAGAAACAGGAUACUCCAGAGGUGGUGAAUGUUGAGAGAAGAAGGUCAGCUCGGCAAAUGGAACGGCUUAGGAGCAGAUCUGCAGCAUUCUCCUCAGAGAGUGAGUCCAAGGAAAAAAAGAAGAAGGUUAUUUGGAUGAGGUGCGGUGGCUUUGGAUAAAUUGUGCUGAACUGCAGCAUCUACAGCUUUUUUUUGAGUCUGUACAUCUGAGUAGAUGCCUACACCUCUCAACUGUUGACAGUUACUCAGUCUGUUAGUAAUGUACCAUUUUAUAUUUUUCCCUCCUACCUCGUGGAUGCAGUAAAUACUCCAGUGCCUAAACUGAGGAUUUCAAAAAUUCAAACAGCAUUUGAACAAAGCAUUAAAUUAAUGUAUGAACUUUACCUUAUCAUUUGGUAAUGUAUAUCAAUCCCAUAUUGGGGUAAAGUUAUUAAUAUGCAGUUUGUAUGGUCUUUAUGCUUACUGGUACAUAGAUUUGUACUAAUGGGGAUCUCACAUGACCAGGGAAUAGAUUUCACACUGCAAAUGCAUUUGCAAUCAUGUUUCUUACUGAUUUGUUUGUUGAUGUAAUCCAUUACUGAUGUAAUCCAUUACUGAUUGAUUAAUCACUUGUUUGUCCAUGUAAAUAAAACAGUUUCUCAUAA